UCUCUCACCGCCAUUGGCUGAUCCACCUGCAUCCUCGCGGUUUCGUACAUACAUACUCCUCGUAGCGAUCUGUUAUCGUUCGCGAAGAUCUACGGCGAUGGUGGAGUUCGCGCUCGACCUGGCAGGUAUCUGCUGAUGGAGAAAAAUAUGCUUUGCAACGAUUAGACCAGAUGAGACGACACAAUGGCGAUCGGUGUAUUUCCAGCCCUCAAAUUGGGCGUGCUGUUUGUCAAACAGAUCAGUAAACCUCUAGCCAAGUUUAUUGUCAAUCAGGCAAAGAGUCAUCCUAUUUUCAGAACUUAUUUCAUCAUACCGCCCGCUCAGUUUUAUCAUUGGGCAGAAGUAAAAGGGAAGAUGUAUGUCAUGAACCUCGGUAAGCCUACGAAGGUCGCCAAGUUGAACGAAGCUAUGGCGAUUGAUUUGGGCGCCAGUCUGAUUAGCGAGUUCAUUAUCUUCAGCGUGGCUGGGGCAUGUGUGAUACUGGAGUACAACAGGCAAGCCGUGAAAGAGGCGAAGAGAGAGGAGGUCCGUCAGACACAACUACAGAAGUUCACGGACGACAUUCAAAUGUUGCAUAACACUACGUUGCAACAGGAAGCACAGAUCAAUUAUCUCCUGAGCGCGGUCAACGAGUUAGCGAGGCACACAAAGCACAAGUUACCCGAGCCAGUUUCGUGGCAAGUGAAUAAUAACAAUAAUAAGGAAGACGACCCGAAAAAGAAUCCUAAUAAAAAUAGCAAAAACUCAACGGAAGCAAACACAGACGGCACGUCCUUGAUAGCGCGUGCUAUAGUGUAUUAUAACAAUGAAUUGAAAGGAGAUAAGCUGAGCUAAGCGACGUUUUAUACUUCUCUUUGAGACGUAUGUAACUUAAAGAUACCUUGAAGAUAUUACAAUGUUGCAAACUGGUGCUGGGAUUAAAACAAGAUACAUUCGCAACACGGGAAUGUACGUAACAAAAUUUUGUUCCGCAUUGCGCGUCGCAAUCCACGUUUGGAUUGCGAAUUAACUUGUGCUAGUCCCGAGCAAGGCUUUAGAUACUUAUUUCUUCUGUAAAAAUGCAUAUUUCUGUCAUGUAUCUAGCUAAUUUUUAAAUAAAUGUAGAUAUGGGUGAUAAAUAAAAUUUACACAGAAAGAUUUGUA